AUGUCAUCACAAACCACCAACAUCAAUGCUCUGUUGUACAACAUGCAUGCACAGAUCUUGGCGUUAACAACGCAACUUGCCGAGCUACAGGCAGCCCCUCCUGCAGCAGCACCCACAGUGGAGAAAAAAUGUAAAAAGAAAGUCAAAGUCGUCGCUGACCCCGGCACCUUCGAAGGAGACAGAGCGCGAUUUGCUGAAUGGUGGAUCAAACUCCAAAUUUGGGUCAAGGCAAACUGGGAUGUGUUUGCCGAUGACUUUGAGGAGUGCUACACGGUGGGUGUAUGGCCUAUCUGGGACGAUCUCAAGGUUGAGAUCGAAAAAUAUUUCAAACCACAGGCUGAGCGUGACUGGGCUCACCAACAAAUCUGUUCCUUCAAACAAGGAAACAUGAGGACAGAUGAUUAUGUAACCCGGUUCCUGGCCCUCUCCAUCCAAGGAGGGCUUGGCAAUGAACACGCAGUAGAACUGCUGGAGCGCAAUGUGAACCCCCGCAUUGCAGAACAGAUCUACCUGCAGGAUACGUGCAAUGAGAACUUGGCCUUAGUGGCUGAGGAGGUACAACAAGUUGGUAGAGCCAUGGAGCUCUAUGCUAUGCACCAAGGUGGCGGGUCCACCACCAAAAACAACUAUUCCCAGAGGCGCCCUGGGUCAUCAAACCAAAAUCAAAAUCACUCUCACGGGUUCAAGCCGUUCAGGCUGCAACCAGGGCAGAGAGCCCCUAUGGAUACCAACGCGGUCCAAGGAGGACAGAAGUGCAGAUUCACGGGGAACUGCUACAACUGUGGCGAAGAAGGACACAUGUCCUGGCAGUGUAAAAAUGGGGCACAAGCCGCCCAGCAAAAAAAUUACCAAGGGUGCCAGGCGCGCCAAUUAGAAACGGAAAAGCCGGACAAUUGGCUCAACACUCUGGCCGGUCAUUCAUACAAUAAAAUCCGGGCCUUCUUCUAUGACCAACAGGUCGCUGAGAUGAAGGCUCAGGGAAAAGAGUUCAGAGCUUAG